AUUUUAUUUAUUUCUGCAUUGUACACGGGGCAUUGUUGUGAUCACAGCUGCACUCAUAACUACAGAAAAUGAAGAGAUUAAUUAGCUUCUACAGAUCACUUGCUGUAGUAACAAGAGGAUGAAAGAUCGAGCAACGUUUACAACACUUUUUGAUUUCUGUGAGUUUUAUGAGUUCUAAUACGUGGCAGCAGGUGGUUAUCGCUUAAACCUAAAGAAAAACAAACAAACGUCAAUUCAGUUAGAAAUGUAUAUAAAGCAAGAACAAGACCAUCUUGUGAAAAGUUUGGUUUUCCCGGUAAGUAUAUCACUAUCCUAUUGCAUGUUGUCAGUGUGGUUAUAGCUGUAGAAGUAGAAAAAAGUACGGAAGUUAGCUAGUCUGGACUUUAGGACCCAAUAUUCGCCCAUUGCCACUUCCGAACAAAUGUAAUUAUAAUUAUAUUUAUUAAUGCUUAAUCAAUGGCAAUGUAUUUCUAAAAAAUCUAGAGAUUUGGUAAACAAAACUAAAGAUAGACAAAUACUUUUUUCUUACUUAUUUUCUAUUUAUUUAAUAACUUUCGUAUUUUGGUGAAUUGAUCAGUAAAUAAGUUAAACAAGCAGGCGUGUUGACAAUUAAAAGACAAGAAAGAUGAUAAGUUUGACGAUAACUCUGAGCGACAUUAGACUCAGGUCUUGGCAACAUAAAUAAGCAAAGCAAAAUGUUUAACUGUCUAGUCCCGUCUGUUUGAAUUGUGUUGCAGCUCAAGACUGAAAAUGUUCCGCUUCGUAAGUUCUUUGCUACUUCUGUCCCUGCUGACCCUUGUGAAGACAAAUGAAGAUACCAGCACAACAAAGCUAAGGACGCUGAUUGAACAACUACAACAGGAGGUUGUAGAAAUAAAGAAUCAAGUGUCGUCAGCGAGCAGGUGUUCAUGUCAAGAGUUUAUUGAAGAAGAUGGCUACAUCCUGGCAUUCCGAAUGGUUGCUGGCAUCGGUGACAAAGGAUACAGCGUGUUCGUCGACGAAAACAGAGAUGACGACUUGCCUCUUGUCAGGGCCGUGACCCCGUGCGAGUGCCGCUCCAACUUGACUGACUGCAACAGGCACUACCGGGGUUCGAUCCUCAGAUACUGGUCCCGACUUGCAAUCCAAACCGUGAAGCUGGUUGUGUACAAAGAAGGGCAGGCGAAGCAAUAUGUUGUCUUUAAUGGCACUGGCAGUACUUAUUCCAACUGGAUGUCUCCUACAAGGCUUGUAGAGUCGUCGUGGGUCGAUCUCAAAUCAUCCAAGACCAACUUUUUUUCGACCACCGGGGACGUAGGACUGAAGAGACGAUUCUACAUGAACCAUGUUUAUAAUGGGUGUUCGGGAGAUUCCGGGUGGCUGGUAGUGAAGGACGAGACUGACGACUGUGGCUAUGCUAAACCCAGUGGCGUGAAGUACCCGCUCAUCCUCUACUCGCCGUCAUUCAGCCUGGUGCAGUACCAGUCUGCAGCCAUUGACCGCGCCGACUCUCUGGCUGUGUGGGUGAAGCUCUCAGGGGUCAACAGUCUGAAAGCAGUGUGUCAGAACUAAGCUCCCAUCACGACAGCGGUGGCUACGAUGAACCCUUCAAAGAGGAAAACCAAAAUGGAACCUGAUAUGAAUGAUAUCAUUAUCAUCCGUAACAAGAUGACAUUUUAAAAUAAAGCAUUUCU